AUGGCGGACAGUGGAAAGAAAGAGACCGACAAGUGUGGUCGUGCUGCUGAUGAUGAUUCACACGAGAAACGAAAAUCUGGGGAAAGGGAAGACAGAUCCAGGUCAGAUGAAGCUGACAGCCGACAAAAGGGAAAGGAACGUAGCAGAAGUACCAGUCGGAGAAGGAGAGAUGAUAGUGCUUCUCGAUCUGGGGACGAUGUCUCUGACGAUGAUCGUCGCCGUGACUCCAGUCGCCGUCGCAAACACAAACGAAAAACGAGCAGUCGAAAGUCGUCGCAUCGCAAAAGCGGUCGUGUCGGAAGCGAUAGUGACAGCUAUGAAAGCGAUUCUUCUCGAAGUAGCUCAAGAGAUGAUAAAAAGAAACGUCGGCGAAAAAGUGACAAAAAACGAAAAAAGCAUCGUCGCAGUCGCGAUUAUUCAUCGUCAUCCUCGACAUCAUCCCAUGAUGGUUCUGAGAGAAGGAGUCGCAAACGAAGUCGAAAGGACAAGAAAACGAAGAAAAAGGAUCGAAAGUCUUCCAAGAGCAAUAGCAGCAACAAACCUCCACAAGACGAUGGUUUGCCCACCUUUGGAAAAUAUGGCAUUUUGAAAUCGUCUGAUUUCCACAAGGAAGCAACGCAGCGGAGCUUUACAGUAUGGCUGGAAGAAGUCAAGGGGGUACCAUCCUUCUCUGGCCCUAAGUGGGAGUUGCAAGAAUACUACAAGGAGUACAUGGAAGAUUUCAAUACAGCAACCUUCCCGCACAUCAAGUACUACAACUAUGACAAGUGGGAAAUGGAAGAGUACCAAAAGAACAAGGAAAAGGCCAUGUCCAAUGUUUCCUCCACGGUUCAAAAGGAUGAAUUGUUGCAUCGCGAAGCAAUGAUGAAAAAGGCAAAAGCCAAACUACAGGAGGAGCAGACGUUUGCCCGCAGUCUCAUGAGCAAGGAAAAGGUUGAAGAAAUGAAACACAAAGCCAAGUUACAAGCACAAAUGGCACAUGCAUACAAAACGGGAGAUCAAGAUACCUAUCAGCGACUCAAGAACCGGAUGGAACCAGAAGAACGAUAG